UAAAAGAUGUAUAUAGUGCAUUUGAUUUCUGUCUUAUCAUAAUUUUGUGAAAGCCAAGCUGCAGCAGAUCUCGCAGGUAAAUUUUAUUUCUGCUUUGAUGACUUAAAAUACUGAAGGUAGAAAUUUAUUUCCCUAGUUUUUACUCGCAUUUAGCUUUAUUAUUAUGUUCUCUCUUAAUUUUGUUCACGUGGGAUUUAACUGUGUUACAAAAGCUGUUGCAGAAAAAAAGUGUUAAAGUGUUGCAGAAGCUUUGAAGUUUGUUUUUAAAAACAGAUGCAUGAGUAAUUCGUCUGAAGAGCGGUCAUUUUAUCAUCUUAUUUUGACUAUUUUUAUCCCAAACCAUUCAAGUAUCAGUCUUCCUAAUUUACCUUUCCUGCUCUGACUAUGUUACUAUUGUUUACUUUCCUUUCUUUGUUCAGGACCUUAUUUUGGAAGUUAAAUUCGUCAGUUGACAUCAUGGUAAGUGUUGGCAAUCCAGUAGAACCCCGCUAACUCGAACCACUUUCAAAGAGGAAAAAUGGUGCUAGGAUCUUGAGGUGUUGAGUCACGAGUUUGGGGUUGAAUUUCAAUUAUCCCGUUAAUAAUUAAUAGGGAAUAAUAUCUUAAUCAUUCUUUUACAAUCGACAAUAAUUUUUGUAUUUUCAGUUUGUUUUAUAAGUGCUUUUUUUCGUUUAGUUUGGGAAGUAAAGCUGUUUGUAUUGCGUUUUCUUAGGUGUUAUCAUGUUUGUAUCAAUACCGAUUAAUGAUUUAGACGCGUCAGUCAGCCUUGUUUUGACCUUAUGACGUAUAUUGACCAACGUGUUUGAGUUACCCGGGCGAUCGACUUCACCGAGUUCGAUUUGGCUGAUAGUAAAUAACUGAAAAAAAGUGGGAAAAAAAUCUAGUCGAAAUCGCAUUUUGUUCUAGUUAUCAAGGAGUUCGGUUUAGCCGUGUUCGAAAUAGUGGAGUUUUGCUGUAGUUUUAGCUCUAAAUGAUCCCCAAUUAACCGAGUGGCCCAGGGCACUCUAUGCGUUUGCUGUACAGUGUCAUUUAUGAUGGGUUCUGAAUGAUUAGUUUACUCCCUUUCUAACUUUCAACCAUCCAAAAUCCUAACUGAAGUUAAUAGGUGUGCCCUUUUUUUCUUGAAGGCCUCAGGUAUCAAAUUGGACGAAAGCUGUAAGAAAAUGUUCUCUUUGGUCAAAGACAAGCAUGAACACGCAUGGGCCAUCAUGAAGAUUGACAAUGAUAAGGAAGUUGUUCUUAUGAAACAACAUGGCAAACUUGUAUCCAACACUGAUUUAGAGGAAAAUGAAAGACUCUUUGAAGCCAUGAAAGGGAAAGUUGCAGAACUGGACGGGCCAUGUUACAUCCUGUUCGAUUUUGUCUACCGACAGAAGAGUGGUGCUGCCAAAGAUAAACCAAUUUUCAUCUAUUGGUAGGUGACCAGGCAGCUUUAAUGUUUACUUUAACUUUUUUUAUGCAAGGGGGGGAGGAGAGGGGGAAGGUGCAGAGGCGUAUUGGAUAGGGUUUUGAAAGGUCAGGAUUAAGGCAUGUUGUUGUGCUGUGUCGUUGGGUAAGAAACUUGACUUUCAAAUUUCCAGUCUAUCUGCCCGAGAGAACAUGUAGGUAAUGAAGCCUAACAAAAUACUGAGGUGUAAAUACACGAUAGACUCAAUUUGACGCAAUGUAAGCACGGACAUUUUUUUUCGCGGAUAUAAUUUGUUCUGAGAAAUGAACAGUUUUCCAUGAGCUUCGAUGCCAUGCAAUAACUUGCAACAGCUUUCGCUUGAGCUCCCAUUGGGGCCAAUCAGUUUUCACAAACCAUUUAAUCUACGGGUCUGGUUAAAUGACUGGAUGAAUGCAUUGAAUGAUUCUUUUUUUUCUUUUUAAGGUGCGAUGAUGACUGCGUUGGAGUAAAGGAAAAGAUGAAAUAUGCUGCAACUAAUUCUGAAUUGAAGAAGCAGUGCAAUGGAUUUGAGACAUUUGCAUUCCACGAUAAAGAUGACUUCUGUUUCCAAAAGAUUUCUAAUGAAUUGAAAGCAAAGGACAGGCAAUAA